CUAUAUAAAUAACCAAUGAUAAAUAAAAUAGAUCUAGUAACCAACCUGAUAUAAGCAUAUAAAACAUCAUUAUAUACGUGAAAUGAUGUCAUUUGUUCUUAUGCAGCAAGUAAUUGAUACUAAGUUGGUACUUCAAAAUGGAUAUUACCAAAAUCGAGACAGGCAAUAGCACAAUAAAAUAAAGAAUAUCCGAAUGAAAACGGAAGAAUACGUUCCUGCAUGUGUUUCCUAAGAAAUAUUCUCAUAUCUUAAUAUGACAUUUUUCCUUAUAUGAAAUAAAACACAUGUUACAUUUUAUGCAUUAUUAAAUCGAUUACUUAACGGUAAACGUUAAGUCAUUUAUACUGCACCCUAUUUCAUCAUUACACGUAAUUUACAGCAAAUUGCACCGAAUUGAAGAAAUUCACCUACUAAAUUAUAGUAGAAAAAAAUGAGAUGCAAUAUUGGUUCGAUCGAUAAAGAAAGAGUGGGGGAGAUAUAUGCGCCUCUUUUUUUCCGCAGUCACAUGUGUUCUGAAUGUUGCCCUGACAUGAUCUGUCUCGAAGCGGAAUAUUUUACUCUUAACAGAAUUCUUUUGCAGUCUAUUGCAUUAUGGCCGUUUCAACAAUCAAAACUCGUUCAAUUCCAGUCUAUUAUUAUUUUGACUAUUUUAAUAUCUGCUAUUGUAUGUCAGAUACCUGCAUGUAUGACUUCAAAACUUAGUUUCAAAGAUGUUCUUAAAGCUUUAUCUCGUAUAUUCUUCUUGAUGAUUCUGGUCGUACAUUACGGUUCAUUUCGGAUUAACAUCAAAAGUAUAAAAAAAUUAAUGCAACGACUUCACUGUGCAUGUACCAAACUAACAGAUAAAACUGAAAUUGCAAUAAUACAACAGUAUGGCUGGGAGGCAAAACGUUAUACGGCUAUACUUGUUGUAGGUUUCUCUGGCGAAGGAUGUGCUUUUUUUCUCAGUCAAAUUGCUGUAGCUUUUUCCGACGUAGUUCUACCUAUAAACGAAUCUCGACUACCUCGUUUGCAGAAAACGACCGAAUACAUUAUUGGUGAACAAAACUUUUUUCCCUUAAUUCUGCCUCACAUAGAUACUGCCAUGAUUAUUGGAGUAAUAUCAUGGAUAGCGAUGGGAACAUUGAUGAUUGCAUAUCUCCAACAUACAUGCGGAAUGUUCAAAAUUGCCUGUUAUCGUAUCGAAAACGCGAUGGAGAUUAACAUACCAAAGAAUAGCAAUCUAAAAAUAGGACGUCCGAUUUCUGAAAAAAUAAUUUAUGCAGUAAAUAUUCAUCGGGAAGCUAUGAAAUUAUCCGAGCUUUUAAUAUCCAGAUUUGAUACAAUGUACUUCUGUUUAACAGUGCUUGCGGUAAUCACAUUGAGCCUCAACUUUUUUGAAAUUUCGGAGACUGUAACAUCUAAAGAGAAAAUAACGGAAGCUAUAUUUCCUACUGCGAGCGUUCUCGUUAUCAUUCUAUAUGUGUUUUUUGCCAAUUUCAUUGGGCAGAAUGUAACGGAUCACAAUAAUGAAAUAUAUAAUGCCGCCUACAACAUGCGGUGGUACAAGUGUCCCCUUCAUGAACAAAGGCUAAUACUGGUGCUUUUGCAAAGGAAAGCGAAAGAAUUUCAUUUAACUUGCGGAGGAUUAUUCAUAGCAUCGUUCGAGUGUCUUGCAACGUUAGUAAAAGCAACGAUGUCUUAUCUUACUCUCAUACAUUCAGCACGAUGAUAUGAUAAAAAUAUACCACAAAAGAAAUUGUGUACAUAUAAAAAUAUAAUGAUGUUUCAUAUUUAGGAUAAAAAAGAUUAUAACUAUGAGCAUAAAUAAAAUGCCUAAAAUUUUCUUGUACUAAGAUGACAAAACAAUUAUGUAUAAUUAUAAUAAAAUUAUCCAUACUAGUAAUACUACUGACAGUGUUCAUUACUUAUAUCAGAACAGAACAUAUACUAUUUCUAUCAUCAUUAUACGAAAAAUCAGAUAUCUAAUGCAUUAUAUUUUUUAAAAGCAUUUUGUGUAUAUAUAUAUAAAAUAUAAUUAGAAAAAAUAGUACAGAGAUACGUUAUAUAGAUAUACGUAAGUCUAAACAAAACUUCUAUGAAAAAAAAGAGAUUUAUCAUCAACGUCACAGAACCGCCUAAAACAUUCUCAUUUAUCUCAAAUAAUCUUAGUUGUUCUUAUACAAAAAUUAAUUAUACGAUAUUUCAAAUUCAAUAUUCUCAUCAGAUCGCGAGAUGUACACUGAGAAUAGCAAUAAAAUAAAGAAUAUUACAAUAGAAAUAGAAGAAUGCAUACGUUAAGGAAUAGUCUCAUAAUUUAACAUUUUUCUUUUCUUUCAUGAGAUAAAGCAGCUGUUACAUUUUAUGCAUUGCUGAAUCGAUUGUUUAACAGUACACGCUAUAGUACUUUACACAUUAUACGAACUCCUACUUCACUAUUGCAUAUAUUUUAUAGUCGAUACAUAAAUUACACCGAAUUGGAUAAAUUCACCUCCUAAA